CUUCUACUCCUCCUUUUCAACCGAUUCGAAAUGUCAGAAUCCCCUUGCACCCAGUCCCCUGGUCCUAAGCCGAGCACUCUAUCAUCCCUUACGAAGUAUCUCACUCAUCAGAAGAACAGACAUAGUUGUGCCUUUGUACAUGAUUUAGCAGCAGCCCAAAAGAAAGAUAAUAACACUCAUUUCUAUGUCCAACGAGGAGCUCGUAACCAAAACCGCAGCCCACUCACAAAGACUCAGAAUCCCACUACUCCUUCCAAGAAUUCUGCUUUAAAGCCUUGUUCUACUGCUAAAAUUUCAAAAAAUUUGACUCAGAAAUAAAGCGAAACCCAGGAAGUCCAAAACAGGCCUGUACAGGCCAGCCAGGACCUCUAUGUAUAGACCGAAGGAUACUAAGAAGCAUCCUCCAAUUACAGAAUAUCUACACAAUAACACUGCAAGAGAGGACACCACAAAACAGCAGAUUAAAUACUUGCAGUCUUACAAAAGCAUGCUGCCAGCAUCAAAUUGAUACCAAAGUAGCAAGAGCGCGAAGAAGAGUUCUCACGGGUUAAAAGAUAAAGGAAAUGGGCAAAAUAAUUCUAGCGGCAACGACUCAGCCACACUUCCUACAAGAAGACAACAAAUUGUAGCCAAGCAUCUAAAAAUGAAAGGAGAGCAAGAAAAGAGAAUAAAAAUAAAUCAGGAUACUCUCAAUGAGAUAGUGCAACAGCUACCUAGCAGUUGUAGUUCAUCUUUUUGUAAAGAAAGAUCUAUGUUUGAAGCCAGCUUUGACUCCCUUUCAAAAGAAAAUAUAGAGCGUGAGGCUAAUUUUGAGACUUCAGAGAUUCUAAAUUCUGCUAGGAAAAAUGCAUCAAAGAAGAGAAUAGAGGCUAAAAAUUUUGAGCAGUUAGUACACUCUAGAGAAACAGCAGAGAGCUCCCUUGAUAAGGAUAAGGUAAAAUGCAUUUUAAUCAUGUACCAAUCCUAUCAGAUGAUGAAGUCAAAGAAUCCCUUUGAUUUCAAACACCUUCUAGCUUUAUCGACGGCUAUGGAGAAGCUUAGGAAGAAAUAAAUCCUCU